AUGCUCAGCCGGCGCUGGCCUGCGCGUGACGCAGCGGAGCUGGGAGGCUGGGGGCGUAGGGGCCGGGCCGCCCAGCGCUUUAUCCUUCUCUGCCGCCCGGCCCGCGACGUUGCGGGCCCUGGGCGCCAGAGAGCUUCCCGGAGCCGACCUUCCCGCCGGCUGCUCUGUGGUCGCUUCCUGGCCCUGCCUUCUUGGCCGAAGUCCCCGCUGCUGGGCGCGGGCCUCAGACAGUACAAUGGUGGGUGAAGAGAAUAUGUCUCUAAGAAACCGGCUGUCAAAGUCCAGGGAAAAUCCUGAGGAAGAUGAAGACCAGAGAAACCCUGCAAAGGAAUCCCUAGAGACACCUAGUAAUGGUCGAAUUGACAUAAAACAGUUGAUAGCAAAGAAGAUACAGUUGACAGCAGAGGCAGAGGAAUUGAAGCCAUUUUUUAUGAAGGAAGUUGGAAGUCACUUUGAUGAUUUUGUGACCAAUCUCAUUGAAAAAUCGGCAUCAUUAGAUAAUGGUGGGUGUGCUCUCACAACCUUUUCUGUUCUUGAAGGAGAAAAAAACAACCAUAGAGCAAAGGAUUUGAGAGCACCUCCAGAACAAGGAAAGAUUUUUAUUGCAAGGCGAUCUCUCUUAGAUGAGCUGCUUGAAGUGGACCACAUCAGAACGAUAUAUCAUAUGUUUAUUGCCCUCCUCAUUCUCUUUAUCCUCAGCACACUUGUAGUAGAUUACAUUGAUGAAGGAAGGCUGGUGCUUGAGUUCAGUCUCCUGUCUUACGCUUUUGGCAAAUUUCCUACUGUUGUUUGGACCUGGUGGAUCAUGUUCCUGUCUACAUUUUCAGUUCCGUAUUUUCUGUUUCAAUGUUGGGCCACUGGCUACAGCAGGAGUUCUCAUCCACUGAUCCAUUCCCUCUUCCAUGGCUUUCUUUUCAUGGUCUUCCAGAUUGGAGUUCUAGGUUUUGGACCAACCUACGUUGUCUUAGCAUACACACUGCCACCAGCUUCCCGGUUCAUUGUUAUAUUCGAGCAGAUUCGUUUUGUAAUGAAGGCCCACUCCUUUGUCAGAGAGAACGUGCCUCGGGUACUAAAUUCAGCUAAGGAGAAAUCUAGCACUAUUCCAAUACCUACAGUCAACCAGUAUUUGUACUUCUUAUUUGCUCCUACCCUUAUCUACCGUGACAGCUAUCCCAGGACUCCCACUGUAAGAUGGGGUUAUGUUGCUAUGCAAUUUGCACAGGUCUUCGGUUGCUUUUUCUAUGUGUACUACAUCUUUGAAAGACUUUGUGCCCCCUUGUUUCGGAAUAUCAAACAGGAGCCCUUCAGCGCUCGUGUUCUGGUCCUCUGUGUAUUUAACUCCAUCUUGCCAGGUGUGCUGAUUCUGUUCCUUACUUUUUUUGCCUUUUUGCACUGCUGGCUCAAUGCCUUUGCUGAGAUGCUACGCUUUGGUGACAGGAUGUUCUAUAAGGAUUGGUGGAACUCCACAUCAUACUCUAACUAUUACAGAACCUGGAAUGUAGUUGUCCAUGACUGGCUGUAUUACUAUGCUUACAAGGACUUUCUCUGGUUUUUCUCUAAGAGAUUCAAAUCUGCUGCCAUGUUGGCUGUCUUUGCUGUGUCUGCUGUAGUGCACGAAUAUGCCUUGGCUGUUUGCUUGAGCUUUUUCUAUCCCGUGCUCUUUGUGCUCUUCAUGUUCUUUGGAAUGGCUUUCAACUUCAUUGUCAAUGAUAGUCGGAAAAAGCCAAUUUGGAAUGUUCUGAUGUGGACUUCUCUUUUCUUGGGCAACGGAGUCAUACUCUGCUUUUAUUCUCAAGAGUGGUAUGCACGUCAGCACUGUCCUCUGAAAAAUCCCACAUUUUUGGAUUAUGUUCGGCCACGUUCCUGGACUUGUCGUUACGUGUUUUAGAAGCUUGGACUUUGUUUCCUCCUUGUCACUGAAGAUUGGGUAUUCUCCCUGAUUUGGAGCCAGCCGUUUCCAGCUGUUACUGAAGUUAUCUGUGUUAUUUGGACCACUCCAGGCUUUACAGAUGACUCACUCCAUUCCUAGGUCACUUGAAGCAGAACUGUUGGAAGUUCACUGGAAUCUUGUACACUUAAGUAGAGCAGAACUUUUUCGUGGGGGUGGGAGGGGAGAGAAAGCAGACUAAUAGCUGAAGUAAUGACAGAUUGUUGCUGGGUCUUAUCAGCUUUAUCCCUUGGUACUUAAAUCUGUUUUGUUUCUUGACUCCAUCUAAUCAGAGACUAAACAUCAUAAUUUCUUGGCCACUGAAUUAGCCAAAAUACUUGUGAAGAAAUCACUUAAAUACCUCUGGCUGAGAAGUUUUUUCAUGCACACUACUGGAAUGUAUGAUGAUUAAACAUGCAAUUGGGGAAGAAAAAUAUAUAGAAGGAUUUCUGCUAUUUCUAGUAGAAAGAAAAUACAUUUUUCCAAAGAUAAUGUUAUAUAUCCCAUUUUGUAAUUUUUUUGGAAAAAGUUUAGUUCUCAGUUUUUACCUUGUUUUAUCUGUAGGUCAUGAUUUCUGUGAAGCAAAAAGAUGCCUUUUACCAUGAAUUCUUGAGUUUACAUAAAUGAUACUGUAUAUUAAGGGGAUCAGAAGUUGGAAGGACAAAAUAAGAGGUAGCAGAGGAAAAAGAAAAACAUUUCCUCUUAUUUAACUUCCAAAGUAAUUUGUAAAAAAGAUUUGUAGAGUCAAUCAUGUGUUUAAAUUAUUUUAUCACAAACUUACCAUGGAAGAUACUCCUUUUUAACUUUUUGGUAAUAACUUCUUUGAAGUUAUUUAGACAUAUCCUUUGGAACAAUUAUUUUAUUGUCUAAUAAAUAUUGAUUUAUCUUGAAUUAUUUUGCAGACUAGUGAGUCUGUAACGUAGUAUUAAUCACCUCCACGCAUAUUAAAGUGAUCAUUAAGGAUGCAGAAGCUGGCUUCUGCAUUUGGUCAAUUAUUACACUUUUAACGGUAGUAUGUUGUUAGGUAGAAUAAAUUAAUAUAUGAUUGGUUUCAAGGAAA